CGCACUCUGGCCGUUAGUAUUUUAUUUAGCUUACUUCGAAAUGAUUUCGACGUCGCGAGUGAUUCCAGGGCUGCUGCUGCUUCUAACCCUAGCCGCCGUGUCGUGCGAGGACCUCAAAACGUUGGAUUGGUGGGAGAAGGCCGGUUUCUACCAAAUCUAUCCACGCUCGUUCAAGGACAGCGACGGCGAUGGCAUCGGUGAUCUGAACGGGAUCACUUCCAAGUUGGCGUACCUGAAGGAGAUCGGCGUUCGGGCGUUUUGGAUGUCACCGAUCAACACGUCACCGAUGGUCGAUUUCGGUUACGACAUAUCGAACUACCGGGACAUUCAGCCCGAAUACGGGACGAUGGCGGACUUCGAGAACCUGGUGAAGGAAGCGAAACGGGUGGGGCUGAAGGUGAUCAUGGAUCUGGUGCCGAAUCACUCUAGCGAUAAGCACGAGUGGUUCCUGAUGUCGGAGAAUCGCACUGCGGGCUAUGAAGAUUACUAUGUGUGGCAUGAUGGGGUGGAGAAUCCACAGGGUGGACAGAAGCUGCCUCCGUCGAAUUGGUUGCAGGCGUUUAGGAAGAGUGCAUGGCAGUGGAGUGAGAAAAGGCAGCAGUACUAUCUGCAUCAGUUCACGGUCGAGCAGCCGGAUCUUAACUAUAGGAAUGCGAAAGUGGUACAGGAGAUGAAAGAUGUGAUAACCUUCUGGUUGGAUAAGGGUGUGGACGGGUUCAGGAUUGACGCGGUGCCGUUCUUGUAUGAGGUGCUACCCACGAAUGGUGUAUAUCCGGAUGAACCACUUAGCGGGCUAACGCAGGAUCCGGACGACUUUGAUUUUUUGAAUCACAUUUAUACGCAGAACCAACCGGAAACGCUUGAUAUGGUGUACCAGUGGAGGGAGUUGGUGGAUAAAUACCAGCAGGAUCAUGGUGGUGAGACGAGGGUUCUCAUGACCGAGGGAUACACAAGUCUGGAUGAACUGAAAAAAUACUACGUCAGUGCUGCUGGUCGCUUGGGAUCUCACAUGCCGUUCAACUUUGGGAUGAUCAAUGACUUGAAGAUUGAUUCAAAGGCCGAAGAUUUUGUGAAGAUGGUCCAGUCGUGGAUGAACAUCGUUCCAGCGAAUCAGGCCGCAAAUUGGGUGAUGGGAAACCACGAUCGCCCGCGCGUUGGCACGCGAUUCGGCAAGGAGCGCAUCGAUGCAAUGAAUAUGAUCAUAUUGAGCCUUCCGGGAGCGACGGUUACAUAUCAGGGUGAAGAAAUCGGUAUGACUGACGUGUACAUCUCGUGGGAAGAAACCAAGGAUCCAGCGGCGUGCAAUGCGGGUGAGGGUUUGUAUGCCGAGAAGUCAAGAGAUCCUUGUCGAACACCUUUCCAGUGGGAUAGUUCGACGCUGGCUGGCUUUACCAAUGGAAGUACAACUUGGUUGCCAGUGGGACCAGACUAUCGAUCAGUCAAUGUUGAGAUUGAAAAUGGGCUGGAGAAGAGUCAUCUGAAGGUAUACAAGGCAAUGAUGCAACUGCGAGAAAGUAAGACGUUCCAGUAUGGAUCGGUCAAGGCCACAGCGGUCAACAAUAAUGUCUUCGCAGUCGUACGUGAGCUGAAGAACUACAAUACGUACGUAACGUUGGUGAACUUGGGUAGCGCGAUCGAGGUGAUCGACGGAAUUGCUUUAGCCAGUCAACUGCCUUCGAAGCUGAGGUUUGAAGUGGUGGGGGUAGAUUCCCAUCACGUCCGAGGGGGAGCUGUUGCUACAAAUGAUAUCUUGCUGCUUCCAAACGAGUCGUUUGUACUUGCCGCAAGAGUCGCACCGGUUGAUCGUUUACAUGAAUCGAUUUGUGAAGCCUGGUUAGAGCAGUGAUCUUGGAUUGGAGUUCGGGCAAACAAGUAAAGUCUGACGCAUCGCCAUCAAUUUUAAUAUAAAUAAUUUAUUUUGGUAAAAUUUAGAUGAUUUAUGUACAAUCAUACUGGAUAGAUGCAUUGCUUGAGUUGACUUGUAUCGUCGUACGUUUAAAACACUGGUUCCAAGGGAUUUGUUCAACAGUAA